AUGGGUUACGACAAAAGUCGAUUCCCAAACGGGGAUGUCGACGAGGAGCUGAUCUGUCCAAUCUGCUCGGGUGUUCUCGAAGAUCCUCUGCAGGCACCUGUGUGCGAGCACGCAUUCUGCGCAGAAUGCAUCAAAGAAUGGUUUUCUCGCCAAAGCACUUGCCCCAUUGACCGACAGCCAGUGACGACAAAGCUGAAGCCUGCACCUCGUAUUCUGCGCAACCUGUUGUCUCGGCUCAGCAUAACGUGCGAUAAUGCCCAAUAUGGAUGCAAAUUAGUGGUCAAGAUAGAGUCUCUGGCGGCGCACCGAGACGAGUGCGAGUUCAACCCAAAGCGCCCAGUCGAGUGCGACAAAGGCUGCGAGCUAUUCAUUCCAAAGGACGAGCUACCGAGUCACAACUGCAUCAAAGACCUUCGCUUAAAGAUGGAAAAGGAGGCAAAAAAGUGGGAACAGCAGUUUAACGAGAUGCGAAUGACGCUGAGCACACUGCAAAGCUGCGUGAAGCAGCUAAUGCCCGACAUGCCCGAGACAUCGGCCAUGCAGCACUACUCUGUGGGCAUUCCCUUCUGGUGCAACUCGCUGCCGAGGGCGCGAGUGCUGAGGUGGGGAGGCCUGAUCAGCACCCCUGACAGUGAUCUGCAAGAUCUAGUCAAGAAGUCGCUCAUUGACUCGGGCUGUCCGACGCUCAUCGUCAAUGAGCUGAUGGAGAAUUCACAUGAACGCAAGUGGCCGCCAGGACUGAGCUCACUGGAGAUACGGCAGAUCAACCGCGAGAUGCAUAAACGGCCACACUCAGACUCUGAGGUUUCGGCGGAGGAGGCCGAUUCUUCGGAAAUAUCCAAACCAGCCACAAAGAUCAUUCGAGUGGACGACAGUCCCAGGUCUAGCUCAGACAAGUGCAUCCAAGUGGACUCUGCCGCGGAGGCCACUGGUGAACCUGGUGGCCUUUCAGGGCCUAGCACCUCAGCAAUAACAAACAGCAAUGUUGAUGCCGCCACUGCCGAAGAGGACAACGCCAUCGAUCUCGUUAGUUCGAAUACAAAUCACUCAUCCACCUCUACUGAAACAACGAUUAGGUGCUCAAACAACGAUGCUUCCACUGACGAUCCAACCACAAUCACCACCUCCACCACCACCUCCAGCACGACCGCCACCUCAUCCAGCUCUUCCAUCGACGACACCUGUGAGCCCAGCUGUGACAUUGCUCCAUCCCAUGAUGAAACACCCAGUGCAUCUCCCAACUCUACGGAGCCAACUUCAUCCAUUGAAGAAGGAGAAAUCUACCAAGAUCAACCAUUGAAUGAAGAUGCCGUGACCGUCGACGAUGCGGUGAUUGAAGAGGUGCCUAGCUAUGCAGAGGAGCAGGCAGUUGCCACCAGUUCCUCCUCAGUAAACGCCUCUUUAGACGAGCCAGACAUGACGCCAUCGACUAGUUCCGGAAUUAGGCAUGUCCCCAGCAGAAGGACUCAAUCUAUCCUCAAAACAGCUGAACGAAAGCUGAAAGGCAAGCGGUCAGUCGUCUUCAAUGGCGUCACCGUGUACUACUUUCGUCGGUCACAAGGCUUUACGUGCAUUCCUAGCCAGGGCGGCUCCACGCUGGGCAUGGAAAACUCCCACACGUACAUUCGCAAUUUCACACUUGAGACUCACGCGGAGGAGCGAAAGCGAGCUCAUCGGGAGAUUCUACAACGCCAAAGACGCUUCGCCAGAAUGAAUAAACACUCCUCCACGUCGGAGUCGGAGGAUGACUCAUACGACGAUAUGAGCGACUUGUCGGAUGUCGACUUGGAGAACGACAACUGCUACUUCUUACAACCAGUGCCAAUUAAACAACGCCGAGCCCUGCUUCGCGCCUCGGGAGUGAGAAAGAUUGAGACGUCGGAGAAGGAGGAGUGUCGCGACAUUCGCAUUUCUCGGGAGUUCUGUGGGUGUGAGUGCCAGGUUUACUGCAAUCCGGAGAUUUGCGCCUGCUACCUGGCGGGCAUCAAGUGCCAAGUGGACCGCAUGGCCUUUCCAUGUGGCUGCUCCAAAGACGGCUGCCACAAUGAAAAUGGUCGCAUUGAAUUCAAUCCGAUGCGAGUGCGGACGCACUUUAUCCACACCAUCAUGAAGAUCGAAAUGGAAAAGAAACAGGAACAACAGCAACAGCAACAACAGCAGCAGCAAAUGGCCUCCAGCACAAGUAAUGGAGGUGGCAUGAUUUCCACAAUAUCCUCCACUGACGGUGCCUACUGUGGAGCCCCGUGCACGUCCAGCUACAGCUCGCCAAUUUCGAAUCAGUGCAGCCAAAGUAUGCAGCAGGGCAUGUACGCCAUGCCGAUGGUGCACAACAACACUGCUCACAGUGGUCAUCACUACAUCAGCGAAUCAUCGCACAUGCACCUAAUGCCGCCGAACAACAGCUAUGCCGAUCCGAACAUCUACCACACCAAUGAGUACAGUCCGGACAGCUCGUAUUCGGAGAACUCCGACUACACCACCGGAAGUGACGAGUUUGAGAAUGAAAACGGCGAAAAGACUGACGACUCGCCGGUCAAUGUGGUUACCUCGCAUGAAAUGUACAGCCAACAUCAACAUCAGCAGCAACAACAACAGCAACAGCCUCACCCGUCGUCUCACCAGUAUGCUUCCAAUGGACAGGACAUGAUGCACUCCUGUGCAAACAGCAACGCAUUACCGCCCUUUCCCUCAAUCAACUCCAGCUGUGACCUUUCUGCCGGCGGCACUGGAUACACCAAAAACGGUCACUGCCACUCAUAUCAACAGGACUCUGGUGGGGCAAACUCGAUGCACCUCAAUCACUACAAUUCGUAUUCCGCCAUGACCGACAGCCUACCGCAACCACCGCAGCAACAGCAACCAUCGCAGCACGCCUCUCUAUACUCAUACGACAUUCACAGCUCUUCGUCACACUACACCAGCUACAGCAAUGGCUUCCACAAAGGGGAGCCCAACUUUGCUUCGAUGGGCACCGGCAAUCAACAACAACAACAGCAACAGCCAGUGAACAGCAGCUCGCAGCAGCAGAUGGUCGGCUCAGAGGGCAACAGCAUUGCUGCACCAGCACCACAGCAGCAGUACAUCGAUUUGAGCCUCUCCAUUGCAUCUUCAUCCUCUGCUGAAAGUUUACUCUCCGCGGCAAACACGAGCGACGAGGACUCACGACUGACUCCCGUCUCAUUCACACACAUUCAACCGCUCAGUUCGUCUUCCAGCUUUUACACCGUAGUGACGAACAACAGUUCGAGUCUCGGCCAUCAUCCGUACGAUCAUCAGGACUACAGUGCCAAAGGCACCUCCGAUCACCACCUUCUUCCACAGUGCAGCAGUAUCGCAGUUUCCGCCCCAUACGGCGAGCUGAGCGAGGCUGAUCCCAAAUCGUCCUCCUCCUCCUCAGACUCAUCCUCCGAAAGUAACCUCUCCUCGAGUGACAACUUUGGGGAAAUCAUCAAGAAAUCAAUCGUAGAGACUGUUAGUGCCUGA